UCAUCAGUUAUUCUGCGCUCUGGCACAUACGAUUCCAAUGUAGUUUCCCAUCUCCUCAAAUGUAUCUCAGAUAUAGCUACCAAUGACUGUGAUAUUGUUAUUUUACUUCCGCAACUAGAUCUUCUGCGCACAUGACCACAACAACCACCGGAAGUUGCCAGUGUUUGAUAGCUAGCUAGCUAGCUAGCUAGUCAGACAUUUGAGGAGUAUUAUGGGCAGUUAGCUACUAGAUAAUUGAAACGUUUACUGCUUAACUCAGGAAAUAGCUAUGUCUAAACCAAAGUUUGUUGUGUUUGACCUUGAUUAUACUCUUUGGCCCUUCUGGGUAGAUACCCAUGUGGACCCACCAUUUCACAAAAACAAAGCGGGAGUGGUGUUGGAUGCAAGGGGGGAGAAAAUCAAACUGUACCCGGACACAGUGGACAUACUGACUUCUCUACAUGGCCAAGGGAUCCAGAUUGGAGUGGCAUCCCGCACAGGGGAGGUGGAUGGAGCCAAUCAGCUGUUGUCCCUCUUCAAUCUCAACCAAUUCAUAUCCUUCAAGGAAAUAUACCCGGGGUCAAAGGUCCCUCACUUCAAAAAGCUCCAGGAAAACAGUGGAUUCAAGUUCAGUGAGAUGAUGUUCUUUGAUGACGAACACAGGAACAUCACAGACGUCAGUCAACUAGGUGUGCACUGUGUUCUGGUCCCUAAAGGAGUGACUAUGAAAUUAGUCAAUGAAGCGCUUCUGCAGUUCUCCCAGGGUGCAAAAUAAGGACUUGAGGACAGUUGAUGCAAUAUGUAUACUUCACCUCUUGGGGCAGUGUUGUACUGCCACAAACCUGAUUUAUACAGAAUUUUUAAACUCCAGGCUUUGAUUUCAAACCUCAUUACCUAACUUCAUUCAAUGUUACUGUAACAUUCUCUGUCUUGAAUUUGACCAAUUCUAUUAUACUUAUUAUUACUGUUAUUACAGAGAAUAUAUAAAACAUAUUUUUUAAUGAA